AUGUACUGUGGAGCAGCGUUGCGCUGGCUUGCGGCAGUGAGACCCACGGAGACUGACAGUCAAGAGGCCUGGGGCAAGCGAAUCGAUUUUACCUUUGCGAGUACUCCGAGAGAGGGCGGACCCAUCUUUGACCAAGAAAAUGACCUUAACGGAAAUACUUCGCACACAGACCGCAUUCACCGCAUCCCCAUUAACCCCCGUUCCUUCGUCACCGCCAAGGUUCCGAGCGACUUGCAGAAGGACUGA